UGGCGCUGGCAAUUCAAACUGACAGCCGGCUGGAAAGACACAGAAAGCGGAAGAGAGCAAAAAACGACGUGUUCAGUGACAAGCCCCAGCGCCGACUGAGCCCUCAAAGCGGCCUCUGCCCUGAGCUACUAACAUAACCACGUGUUCGGGAGCGGUCCCUGCGGGAGAAACCUGAGGGGACCGCGUGGGACACGAGGGCGAGCUGAGGGAGGGAGGACGCGGGAGUAACGGCGCGAGCAGGCCGAGGGCCGGGACUGCAAGGAGAGGGGCCCGCGAGCCAGCGGAGCGGAGGAUGGUUGCAGGCGAGGACUGAGAAGCGGGGAUUGUUCCGGUGGAAAGAGCUGAGGGGGUUGUGGAUCCUGGGACCGAGGAGCUUGGCCGGUGAUCCGAGAGGAAUUGGAGCGCUCUGAGGGAGGGGCCUAAUACUGAGAGAGAAGCUUUAAAUGAAAGCGACCACGGGAGGAGACUGAGCGAACUGCUGGAAGGGGUGGGGGAGCUGGCAAGUAGAGGAUCCUUUUAAACAGCAGAAAAGCUGUUGAGAAGUUCCCCUCAAAUUUCACUUGCCUCUUGCCCACGUCAAAUCUGAAAGUUAAAAGGGAAACCAAGUUUGCUGCUGCGUCAAUUGUACUUUUAACCCAUCCAGCAGAAAAAACAACUCAAUUCCUUUCCAGGCUUGGGGCUUAGAAAAACUCCGAUUCUUGCCACUUCAUUUUUAGCCUGGGGGAAUCGAAGUAGCAAGGCUGUUGUUUCUGAUCCCUUUUUCAAAAUCACACCUUCUCCUCCCUGGGACGCCAUGUCUGCCAGUAGUUGUUUCAAGGACCGGUGCGUGUCUAUCCUGUGCUGCAAAUUCUGUAAACAAGUGCUCAGCUCUAGAGGAAUGAAGGCGGUUUUGCUAGCUGAUACUGAAAUAGACCUCUUCUCUACAGACAUCCCUCCUACCAAUACAGUGGACUUCAUCGGAAGAUGCUAUUUCACUGAAAUCUGCAAAUGUAAACUGAAGGACAUCGCAUGUUUGAAAUGUGGGAACAUUGUAGGUUAUCAUGUGAUUGUCCCAUGUAGUUCCUGCCUUCUUUCCUGCAACAAUGGACACUUCUGGAUGUUUCACAGCCGGGCAGUAUAUGGAAUUAACAGACUAGACUCCACUGGUAUAAACGUCCUACUUUGGGGCAACUUGCCAGAGAUAGAAGAGAGUACAGAUGAAGAUGUGUUAGAUGUCUCAACCGAGGAGUGUAUUAGAUGAGUGGGAUUAUAUGUGUUAUCCAAAUGUUUCCCUAUUUAAGAAAUAUAUUCAUGGUUCAACUUUUCAAUGGUUAGUAAGGAUCUGUCAGUGAUUUCUUUUUUUGGAAAACAAAAACAGAGCAUUUGUCGAUCUAUUUAUUUGCUGUCUCAAAUUAAUUACCUCAGCCUAAUUUAAGUCAAUAGUGUUACUCUUUGCUUCAACAUCUUCUGUCUCCACCUCCCCACUUUUCUGCCCAGUAUUGGUGUGCUCUUAAAUUUGUAUAGAAGAUUCUUUCAUGUGUCUCUCAGCUACCUCCAAUCUAGGGUAAUUUUUCAUAUAAAUGACCACCAGACAUCAUUAAUUCUACAUUCCUGAAUAAAGGGUUACUACCCACACAUAUACUGACCAUGCAUAUUAGCAAGGAAUUAAAAAAAAAAAGCCCAUUAGGUUUUCAUAGAUUAUUAUUUUCCUGUACAUGGUUAUCAUAUAGAUACUGACAAUAACUGCUUUAAUAUGGAGCAAGACUUUGUAACUGACAACUAGAAUAAAUUAAAACUUUAAAAUAUGUGAAGGAAUCCUCUUGGUUCCUAAGCAUGACAUCAGAUAAAUGACUAUCAGACAAGGGUCAAUGUAUACUGUUUAUCCAUGGUAUUUAUUUACAUUUUUCUAAAGCCACUAUGGAUACUGUAUUCUAAAAGCCACAUAAACUAAACUGCCUUCUCUAAGUGAUCCCAUUCCCCUGGGCUUUCUCUGUAACCAGCAAAUUUUAAAUGAGUAGUCUCAGUCCCAACCUUUAAAUAGAAAACGACUGAAGAAGUGGUUUGCUUAUGCUGUUGUGUAUGAUAAAGAGUAAGAGUUUUGUUUUAUUUU